CAGUGUGGUUUUAACUGCUUCGCGAAACACUGACAACGUGGAAGACAAUAAUCAUAAAUUCUUUUCUUUAUGUGCGUUAAAAAUAAACGGAAAUAGUUCAAAAUACUAAUUUUAAUCAUGGUUGUAAGCUGUGAAAUUGAGUUUAGGAAUAAUACACUCGGCACUUACUAUGCGGGUCAGGUUAUUUCAGGGACUGUUGUCCUAAAUGUGGAAGAAACAGUGAUGGUUCAAGCUGUCAUUUUAAAGAUAAGAGGCUAUGCUUCGACUUAUUGGACAAACUGUAAAACAGAUGUUGAGAACAAGACAACUACAGAAAGUUAUAGUGGCCAUGAAGAUUACAUUAGAUCAAAAGUUGAACUGCUGAAAGCUGAAAGAGUUGAAGUCGCUCUUGACCCAGGCAGCCAUGUCUAUAAUUUUGCCUGUCAGAUUCCUGCCGUGUGUCCGUCCUCCUUUGAAGGUACCUAUGGACGUGUGCGUUAUAUGGUGACUGUUAAGCUUAUUCGUCCUUGGAAAUUCGAUCAGAUAUUUUCACGCCCCUUUACCGUACUGAAAGUAAUGGACCUAAACCGAGAAGGGCUUUUCCUUCGCACGCCUGCUCAUUCAGAGGACCAGAAAACGUACAAUUGUUGGCCAUGUCGCUCGGAGCCACUUAGACUACAUUUAUCACUACCUCAAAGAGGAUAUGUUCCAGGCCAGACCAUGCCAGUGACAUUGCUGGUAACCAACGAUAGUCACGUGCGCCUGGAAGAAAUCAAAGCGAGCUUGGUAAUGAUGGUGCUUUACUACAGCCAAUGCAGUGUGGAAACGAUCAGCGAGAGAUUUGUGGUUAGCAACAAACAGGGCGAGGGUGUCACAAAGAACUCCAAGAAAGAGUUCACCUUCGACCUUCAUGUACCAGCAACACCGCCCACUUGCUUUGACUUGUGUCGCAUUAUUCAAAUUGCCUACCAAGUGGAGGUGGAGACUAAAGCCAAAGGUUGGCACAUUAACGAGAGAGUUCACAUGCCUGUGACCAUUGGGAAUGUGCCUCUUACACGACAGCUAGUACAACAACAGCCACGCCCACUUUCUGUCGAGGUUGAGGUCGUAGCACAACAACUGAAUGAAAAGGCAUUGGUAUUGCUGGAAGAUCCAGAUUCUCAGCCUCCUCUGGCUACUCAUAAUCCUUGGGCAGUAGAUGAUACUAUACCGCCGCCAAGCUAUGCCGAGGCCAUGCACAUCGUACGUCCCGUUUUAAUAAAGCCUCCUAGGACAACUCCAAGCAAUAGAAAGGUGGUCAACCCAUCAUGCACACAGAAUGAGGAGGAAUGUGAUUUUACUCCGCUUUACGCCGUGUUCGAUAUAACAAGUCCCAUAGAACAACUUCAGGAUCAACAGAGCACAGAGAAUGCUAAUGGCAGCACCUGGAUAUGAGAAAUGGACAUAUUGAAAUGUCAAUACAAAUUGAAGUUAAUUAUAGUUUAUUGACUCUAAACUAAACGUAUAUUUUAUAUAUUUUCCAGGCUUCAAUGUAGUCAUAUGUAGUUUAAACAAAUAUUUAUUUAUACUGCAGGUAUUCGAUUACGUCUCUGUUGAUGUUGCAUGCGAUUGUUGCAUUAAGUUUAUCAACAUACGACUAUGAAGUUAUA